AUGCACCUGUCACUUUUCAUGGCGUCGAAGGAACCCCCUCCCCCCAAGCGCUUCUGGGAGCACCUGGCCCUGGACAGUCACUACCGUUUCCUGGUGCAGACUGGGUGGCGGCCACUGGCGCUGGAGGACCGUGGCCUCGUCGACCGGCAGCAAGUGGCUUGGCUCUGGGCGAAGCGGGGCCGCCUGUCCGUGCACGCUGCCUCGUGCUCGCGGGUCACGGACAGCCAGACCCUGCCUGGCACGCCUGAGCACACGUGGUCUCCCUGUUACUUCCAGAAAGAAAAGGGCCCAGACCCCCUGCUGCUCAUGUCCCCCGCUCACCCUCUGCCACUACGGCAGAGGGACCCUCAGGAGAGGGCUCUGCUCCCUGGCGUCUGCCCCUGGAAGGUGCCAGAGACUCCUCGAUGGGAUCCCCACUUCCCACCUGGGGCUCCGGGUCGGCUGGGUAGGGCCAGCACACCUAAGUAUCUCAGGCCGGUGUUGGUUUCCGGGGAGACAGGUCUACAGGGUGUGGCCGCAUGGGUGUCCCCCAGCCUCCUGCUGGGGCUUAACUACCCCUUCUCCCUGCAGGUCCUGCUGGAUACCCAGCCCCCGGCCCUCUGCCUCCCCAUCCCACAGAGAUUGAGGGUCCCCGCAGGCCAUGCAGCUGUGCCAAGGCCUCACGGCUCCCACGGCCCUGGUGUCCUGCCCUGGCUGACCCUCCUGCUGCUGACCUCUGCUGGCCAGCCCCAGGGGGCACUGCAGCCCAUCCCCAGCCUGGCUCUCAAGCCCUCCUUUCUGACCACCUCCCCAGGGACAGUCACGCUGUCUGUCACUGCCCCGUCCCCUGUGCUCUGGCCUCGCCAGCCUUGCUGCCACUGUGGGGCUGCUUCUUGCGGGCAGCGCCCCCUGCCUUCCUGGGGAUCCAGGCCGGUUCCCCUCGUCUGGGUGCAGAGUUCACCGUUGUCCUGCGGUACCUUCCCAGCCCUGCUGGCGACCCGCGGCCCUGGCCCUUGA